AGCUCAAAGUGUUCGCAGUUUCGGCAGGAUUAUGAAUCUUCGUGCCCCGUACAGUGGAUUAAACAUUUUGAUAGGAAAAGAGAUUAUUUAAAAUUCAAAGAAAAAAUUGAGAAGGAUGGACAUGAAGAUUUGGACGUCCGAGCACAUCUUCAAUCAUCCGUGGGAGAAGGUCGUCGAAGCAGCUUGGCGGAAGUAUCCAAACCCCAUGAAUCCUGCUGUGAUUGGUAUAGAUGUAGUUGACCGCAAAGUAAGCGAAGGAGUUUUACUUACAAAACGUCUUAUAACGUCCAAGUGGGGUCUGCCCUCCUGGGCGCAAACGAUCCUUGGAGGAACCAACAUUUUUUAUGCCAAGGAGUGCUCUUCAGUUGAUCCGAAAGCGAGGAUCAUGGAAAUGAAGACUCAUAAUUUAACGGCUGGCUCCAUAAUUGCAAUAGAUGAAACUCUCAGCUAUGAGCCUCAUCCAGAAGACCCGGGAAAAACGAAACUUAAACAAGAAGCUGUGGUGACAGUCAAAGGGAUUCCGUUGAGUAGUUAUUUUGAAGGACUGGUCACAACAAAUAUCUCUCACAAUGCCAAUAAAGGGAGACAAGCCAUUGAGUGGGUCAUUGAAAAAAUUGAAACAGAGGUGGAAGAUCUAAAAACUACCGCAAUAAAAUCUAUUGAUGAAAUCACGUUAAACGCUAAGAAAUCCAUGGAUGAUUUAUCUUCCGCUGCUAAGAAAUCCUUUGAAGAUUUUCAAAUAGGAAGUACACCAUCGAGUAAAAAGUGUCCCUAACGAAAGGAAUAAAUCUGAAGAAUGAUCUGCUCUCAAAAUUUUGGUUCCAAGUCAACCAACAAUUGAAUUCAUUUCCAAGUGAACUGUAGAAUUCAAAUUUUUGAAAAUAAUUUAAUGAUGAAGUUUCAAAGAUACAAUGACCAGCUUAAAGAGCAGAAUUUCAUACUUCAGAGACUUUUGAUAAGUUUGUCAAAGACUGAUGUUCUUGGUAUUGCCAUGUUAAAUUUAAGUAAUGAAUUUAAGACUCCUGGAAUGGUUCACAAUCUUUUAUUAGGCAAAACACAAUCCCAGGAAAAUUUCGUCUGGAAUACAACUUUUCUAAAGUUACCAAUCUAGUCCACUUCCAAAUAUCACCUUUUUCGUGUAAAUUUGUUAUUUUAGUUUUCAUAGGCAGUAAUUAGAUAAAAUAAAAAUAAAAUAAAAAAGUCAAUAAUUUUUUUUUCUGAAAUAUGCUCCAGAGGAGCAUGUAACAACAAACGAUUCAGCAUUUUCAGUCUUUAAUCCGUGGGUAUUGGUGGCAACUUGAAGAAAGAGAAAGAAUUGAAAAGGAGCUCACUUAAAUAUUGAAAUUGCCCAAAUUAAUAUGUUCUCAUAUUACACUCUGAGUUUUACUUUCUGUGUGCCCAUCAAGCUUUUUAGGUGAUAUGAUUAAAAUCUGAGCAUUUUAAGCUGUGUUUGGAUUUGAGGCAUUGAAGCCUCUAAUCUUUUUUUUUUUUUUUUUUUUUUUUUUUUUUUUUUUUUUUUUUUUUGUAUUUAUUCGAAUAGUUAUAGAACUUACCUUUAGUGAUGACAAGCCUCCUCUCCAGUUAUCUAUUCAUUCUUUUUUUAAUGUAGGGGUUUCACUAUAAACGUUUUUUGACCUAUUUUAAUCUUGUUGGAUAUUCAAAAUUUUCUGUGAUCUUCUGUAUCAUAUAAGUACUCUGAAGUUUAGCGUUGAUUUCCCCUAGAAAAUUUCUCCCUGGAAGAGUGCAAAUAAUAGGGUUAAACAGGUACAGAAAUACUCUUCCAAUGAUGUUCAUUUAUUGUUUGCUUGUCUCUAUGCUCUUGUAAAUUUUGGUUUAGAAUUGGACGCAGGAAUAAACUUCACGGCACUCAAAGCCAAGUGCAGUUGUAAAUUAUUCCUCUGAAUUCUAUUGAAUUCAUGAUUCGAAUUGUUUAAAAUGAUUUAACUUAAUUGAAUAUGGAAUUCAAUUCCAAUGCUGCCAUUUAGUCUCAAAUAUUGGUAUAUAACCAAUGCAUUUCUAUGAACAAAAUUGAGUUUUUUUUUCACAAAUUCUUUCUCGUUUUUUAAUGGCAUUUAAUAAAUUUACAUAUCACGCAAUUUUUUUGUAGUUUACACUCAAGAAAACAAACAUUCCAUAACACUUGGAAAUCAAUUUUGGUAAGACAGAUAAGUGAAGAACGAGCUUUAGAAGUUCUCAAAAGGUCACUCAGUACCGCAUCAUAAGAAUAUUUUUAUGCAGUGUGAGAUUUUGCAUGAAAAAGUACACCUUCCUUAAAGUGGCAAUGUAUUUUGUUGUUAAAAAGUAGGUCUCACCCAUAGACUUAAGAGUAAAUGUUCGUCAAAAAAGCAGAAAUAUUGAGGCUAAGAACAUCUUUAAUUUCCAAUUGUGAAAAACAUACAGCGCCCAUAUACUUCUUUUUUGUAACCUGUCAUGAGAAAUUAAUUUCUAAAAGAAGAAAUUUUAAUUUUACCAAUAGUUUUUUAAAGUACGUUUCCAUCGAUGCCAAAAUUGCUUGAGCCAUUCGACAAGUGUUUUGUAUAUAAUCCUUCAAAUUGCUGUAUUUGCUUUUGUCAAUUUUGUUUCUUUUGAUUUUAAAAAUCUCCUUAGGUUGUAAACCACUAAUUUUUGUCUUCUAUGUUUAAUAUUUUGACUAAAACGAAUACUAAUAUUUAUGGUUUCUCAA